UUCGCUUCUCCACUCUCCCGCAGCGAGUUAAAUAUUUCUUUUGUUAAUUGACGCCCAAAGUGUUCCCAAUCCCUUCCCCGCGCCGCCCGGGCCGACCGAGGACGUGUGCACGCCCAGAUCCGCUCGGUGAAGCAGCACAGAUCCGCGGGGCCGAGCGGGAUUUAAAUGUCACUCAUAGCAUCCCCAGAUCAGCUUUCCGCUCGUCUCCGGUUUCUUCCGAGGCAUUAAUUGGAUCACACGCUGCAUUUGAAGAGCCUGGGUGUGUUUUACCCGCUAAGGAAAUUUGCUCCAUCUCCAGCAGCAACCACUGCUCCUUUUGAUGUUGUGGUACGCCGUGCGCAUGCGCUUCACAUUAGAAUUACUGCACUGGCCAGAAUAAGUUGGAUCUCUUCUUCUCUUCACUGAAACCCUAAAUCAUAUCAAAAGCUAAAGGGAUGCUGAGAGUCCGGAAAAAGGGUUACUUUGGGAUUUGGUCAUUCCCUUUAAUAAUAGCUGCGGUGUGUGCACAGAGUGUCAAUGACCCUAGUAAUAUGUCACUGGUGAAAGAGACCGUGGAUAGACUGCUGAAGGGCUAUGAUAUUCGCUUGAGGCCAGAUUUUGGAGGUCCCCCAGUGGCUGUUGGCAUGAACAUAGACAUUGCCAGUAUAGAUAUGGUCUCGGAAGUCAAUAUGGACUAUACCUUGACAAUGUACUUCCAGCAAGCGUGGAGGGAUAAGAGGCUGUCCUAUAAUGUAAUACCCCUGAACCUUACCCUGGACAACAGAGUAGCUGAUCAGCUCUGGGUGCCUGAUACCUAUUUCCUGAAUGACAAGAAGUCAUUUGUUCAUGGUGUUACUGUGAAGAACAGGAUGAUUCGUCUGCAUCCAGAUGGAACAGUCCUUUACGGACUCAGAAUUACAACAACAGCUGCUUGUAUGAUGGACCUGCGGAGAUAUCCGCUGGAUGAGCAGAACUGCACGCUGGAGAUUGAAAGCUAUGGCUAUACAACAGAUGACAUUGAAUUUUACUGGCGUGGGGGUGAUAAUGCAGUCACAGGAGUGACAAAGAUUGAGCUGCCACAGUUCUCCAUUGUGGACUACAAGCUUAUCACCAAGAAUGUUGUUUUCUCUACAGGUGCCUACCCAAGGCUGUCUCUCAGCUUUAAACUUAAGAGAAACAUUGGUUACUUCAUUCUGCAGACCUACAUGCCUUCUAUUCUGAUCACUAUCCUGUCCUGGGUUUCCUUCUGGAUUAAUUAUGAUGCUUCAGCUGCAAGAGUUGCUUUAGGAAUCACAACCGUGCUCACAAUGACAACAAUUAACACCCAUCUUCGAGAGACUCUUCCCAAAAUUCCAUAUGUGAAAGCCAUUGAUAUGUACCUUAUGGGAUGUUUUGUCUUCGUUUUCAUGGCUCUGCUGGAGUAUGCAUUGGUCAACUACAUCUUCUUUGGCAGGGGACCUCAGCGUCAAAAGAAAGCAGCAGAAAAAGCUGCCAGUGCCAACAAUGAGAAGUUAAGAAUGGAUGUCAAUAAGGACAGAAGAAUAAUUGGCACAUAUCAUUGUCCAGAAAUGUAUUCAACAAAGAUGGACCCACACGAAAACAUCUUGUUGAGCACGCUGGAAAUUAAAAACGAGAUGGCUGCCUCGGAGGCUGUGAUGGGGCUUGGGGACCCUAGGAGCACAAUGCUGGCCUAUGACACUUCGAGCAUCCAGUACCGCAAGGCCGGCCUGCCCCGGCACAGCUUCGGCCGCAACGCCCUGGAGCGGCACGUGGCACAGAAGAAGAGCCGGCUACGGAGACGCGCGUCCCAGCUGAAAAUCACCAUCCCUGACUUGACUGAUGUCAAUGCCAUAGAUCGAUGGUCUCGCAUAUUCUUCCCCGUCGUUUUUUCCUUCUUCAAUAUUGUCUAUUGGCUUUACUAUGUGAACUAAGAAACAAAGCCACGCAGGAAGAAAGAACUGGAUUUUCUCUUCAAAUCAGUUGUACAGCCAAAAGUGGGACUUGGAAAAAUUCUAUUCAGGACAAAAAGUUAUUUUAAAACACCUUAGUUGCUGGCCCACUCUAUGGUCUGUUUUUAUAAUGUUUUGGUUGUAUCUGCUAAACCGUAUAUAUGUUAAGUUGCAGUAUGGACAUAUCCCCUUAUCAAAAUAUAAGUGCAUUUUGAGUGUAAAGGCAAAUUGCGUUUUGAAAAUCACUUCUGUCUCAUUGUCCCUCACUCUUUUUUUUUUUUUUUUUUUCCCAAUUGCCAUUUGAGUUUACUGGUACAAAUUAUAGAGCAGCAAUUGAGAAACAAGUUUUAAUUUCAACAGCAGUACAUGCCAUUCUAGGAAAAGUGCAUAUCCGAGGCAUGCAUAUACACUUAAAAGAGUGUAUUAAGUUAUCAUGCUUAUGAAACACAUACACUUUAUUUUUAAAUGUCUAAACUUGAAAACAAGUAGUGCCUAUCAUCUUUCUAAGAUGAUGAUGGUCAGAGGUUUCCCAACCAUAUUCAGGUAUUUCCUUUUAUUUAUUGAAAGAACUGAACCUUUGACUGAUAAUAUUGGGGUUGAUUGUUUGCACAGAAGCUGAAGCAAGAAGCACUAGUUUGUUUGUAUUUUAAAGAGAGAACAUAUGCUCAGUCACAGUGACUGUGUUUGGGAUCAGUAGAGGAAUGUAGGGACAGUAUAAAAAUGCAUCAGCACUAAAUGGGUAGAUGCUGCUGGGUUGUGUUGAGGAAAGGGAAUCUGUCCAAAGUGCCAAAAUUGAUUGCCCAAAUAGUAAUUCUGUAGGUGACUGAAGGAAGCCAGUGGUGCCCUGCCUUUUUCUAGGGCAGGGAGAGUGAGAGAGCAAUCACAAAGUGCAGGGGCAAGGAGACAGGAGGCUACAUAUACAUAAAGGGGUGGGUGUGUGGGUGUGGGGGUGUGUGUGUAUAUAUAUAUAUAUAUAUAUAUAUAUGGCACAGGUGAAUGUUGUCAGUUGUACACACCUUAGUCUGAAAUAGUCGUGGAGUUGUAUGAUUUCUUCCAGGUUUUCAUCUUUCCAGCAUUAUGCUUCCUGCUGUUGGUAAAAGGUUCUGUACCUCUUUCAGCAGUUGAGAUCUGAGCAUAUAUAUUUCUGCACAGGAGGUACUGACAGGGUGUUUUGUCAGUCUGGAUUAGGCAAUAACAUUUCAUUUUUUGUUUUCCUUAAUACACUGUUCUAAAGGAAAGAAAUUCAUAGCAAUCACUUUAAGAGUUUAAGUACACACUUGAAUGUUUCCUGCUUUAGGGUGAUUUCCAUUGAACAACUAGAAAACUUCAGUUUUCCUUUGGGAAACUUCUUGAAUUAAAAAAAUCUAGGGUUUUUUUUCAUUCUGUUGAGCUGUAUUUUUCAAAAUAGUAAAAUAGAAUAGAAAAAAAAAUAGACAAAAAACUUUGUCACUUAUUCCACUGUGGAACUCUUUUUGUAAUGAAAACAGCAGUCACAAGAGCUGUAUAAAAAGUAAAAAUUCUUGAUAGCUUUUACUAGAUCAGAUCCCCAGUACUGUUUGAUACAAUCUUUCAAGAAGCAAAAGCCACAUCUGUUGCAUCCAUACUACCUCUCAUCCAUGUACAAAUUUUUGAAAGAAACUAGAGAGUAGAAGUCGUUUUUCAGGGUACUAAAAAAAAUUCUUUAGAAUAUUUUUCAUAAAAUAUAUUUUUUAAUUUUUUUGUUCUUCAAAAGAGUAAUUUUCUUACAAGUUUCUGUGGUUUUAUUUUUGGUUCCCUUCCUCACCCUCCCCCCCCCCCCCCCCCCCCCCCAAAUUGACAUUAAGUGACAUUAAUAGGAGGAGAAUAGUUCUGGGAACUAAUAGGCAAAUAUUCUGACUUUUUUUUUGAGCACUUCAUGUGCUUAUUUCUGGUUCAAAUAAGAGAAGAUGGUUUCAGAGCCUGGGAUGGGAUUUGCAAUACAGCCUACCUGCCAGGAAGUUGUAUUCAUUCACACACUGCCUCCAGGCUCAGACUCUGAAAUAUGCAGAGACAGGUUUCCCUCACGUGAUUAACUUUCCAAGUGAAAAUUUUGCUCUUUGUUCACAUACUUAAUUUGUGACUGCAUUCCAUGCAUAACGCAAUAACCUUUGUAGAUGCACUUGGGAUUUCAGCUGCUAGGUAUGAGUCAUGUUGGAUUUUUUUUCCCAAUUUUAAGAAAUGGAGCAUAUCAAAAUUCAGUAUUUCUCCUCAAAGUCUGUUCUUUGAAAAUUAUAUUAAUUAUCCUAAAUUAAAGCAGUCUUAUGGUAUUCUUCUGUACAAGCUUUUCUUUCAUUUCAGAAAUUGCUGACAGCUCCUUUUCUUGUUUCACAGAAGCAGAGUGUUGACUGCAGGGAGCUCACAGCCUUUCUGUGGUUGAUACACAUCAAAUAUAAAACCUUACAGGGAAUAUGUUGACUCUCUGCAUUGGUAACUGCUUCAGCUAUUACAAAAAUCACAGAGAUCGAAUCCUGGAACUGCACAUUCACUUUUCUGAAGCUACAGUACAAGCCAUAAUACUCUCUGAUAUUGCUAUUCAGAGAGUGAAAGAAAAUGUUUGGUUUCUGCUCAGGUGUCACUAGGAAAGAUAAAUUAUCUGUGGGGAAGGAGCACUUUUGCUUUUACUAUGUUCUUCUGGCUAUCAAUGUGAUGUAUAAAAUUAGUGAAAGAGAAAGAUUCUACCAUUUUGUACUAAGGCUUAACACUGUGAUAUAAAAAGAUGGGGGUGAGAAAGGCUGGGGAGGCACUAUCAAGGACAAAGCAUAACUCGAGCCCCAGGUAAGCACUUACUCCUGAGAUACUUGAGUGAAAGUGGGAAAUGAUGCCAACAGUCAUGAGAUAUGGGGUUUGCUAUGUGUGCUACCCUCCAGGUAAACUAGAAUAAAUUUGCUUUUACUUUAGAAUUGACCGAAAAUAAAUAUUCUAGAUAUUUUUAAUCGUGUUAAUUGUUGUUGGUUUCAAUAAACAAAAUAGCAAAAUUAAUAAUUUAGAUAAAAACUUGUAAUAUAAUUAUAGUUGCACAUUUUAUUGUUCUAUUAGACAUAAUAGCCAGCAAUUAAGGUGUUUUUCAUCUUUGCGAAAUUCAUGGGGGAAUUAUGACUAUAACAUGGCACAGUUUUAAUGAAAUCUUUGAGAUCAAUCUGUAAAUAUAUACUGUACAUGACUGCUAGCAAGUAUGAUACACAUUUUCAGAACUGAAAAUUCAUGCAACAUAUUUCUGUGUUUGCAUAAGGAAUGUUAUGUUUCUAUCCUAUCGCAGUUCAAGGACUGGGAAGAAAGACUCAAGCAAUGACAUUAUGACAUUUCUUUUCUCAUUCCCAGGGGAGGAAAACAAGAUUCCUAGAUAACAGCAUGUGGCAGAGUUCUUCAGAGAGUUCUUACAUUCUAAUAAAAAAAGACAUAAAAUCUGUAAGGCACAAAAGCACAAUGCAUAGAGAAAAUGAGUGGUGGUCUUAUACCUGGGGAAAAUAUCCUAAUUAUUUCAGAAAAACGUGCAUUAAAAUUGAACCUCAAUUUAUUUUCACUAUAAAUAUUAGACUGUGUUCCAAUCCUAUAACACAGUGCUAAACAUAAGUGAACAGAUGUGAAACAUUUUCCAACUGUAUGUGCAUAUGGACAUACCCCCAAAUGUCUGUAUGGACAUAUGUGUGUAUAUAUACACGUGCUGAGUAUAUAUAUAUCUAUAUAUGCACACACAUUCACAUGUUGGUGUGUUAAAGGAAUAAGCUAAUAAUAGUUUUGUUUCUAUCAUCAACCAGUGUAUGAAUAUAUUUUUGAGAAAAAAAAAAGAGUAAUGUAUUUAGAAAAAAACCAAACAACUAACUCUACAGGGUAACUGGGCAUUUCUAUAUCAGCAGAUCAAUGCUUAUGAUUCGUAUGGAGUAUUGCACCGUUUGACAUGAUGAUAGUACUGUACCUCCUUGCAUCUGGAAUUAGACUAGUCCUCACAUUGCUUGCCUAUUUCUUCUCUCUCUUUUUAUAACAGCAUUGUCCACUAGUAAGUUUUCAAAACCAACAAAUUCCUUAGGGAAUCAAGAAGAAAAAAAAAAAGGCAAAAUAGUAACUAUUUCUAGAAAAUAAUCUAGGGUGGGAUGGCCAGGGUACAAUACUAUAUCAGUAGUGAUCAAAACAUUUUGCUAUGUGUACAUAGAACAUACGAUGUGAGCAACCAUAACUUAAGCUGAACGUGUGUAAAUAUUAUCAGAUUUCUUAAACAUUUUUAACUUCUAAUUUGUACUUUAUGGUAAGGCAAAAAGCUAAUUCUACUUAUGGUUUAGGUUAAUGUGUCCUAAAAUUAUGUAAAUAAUUAAAUAAGCUGUAAAUGAGCAGUCAAUAGAUACAGUAUUUGUUUAGUGACUUUUUUUUACUAAGUACAAUAAUUGCAGUGCUCUAGCAGAGUAAUUUAAACACCCUUUUGCAUAAACAGAUUUGGACUCCAGAUAUAAAAUAGUACAGGAAGUGCUGUAGUGUAAAAUAGCCACCGUGGCAACGUUCCUGCUGGCACAGCGGAUUCUUUUGUAUGGUCAAAAUGUUCAGGCCACACUCAGUACUCAGACUAGCCACAACUAACAGGGCCUGGUUUUCACUUACAAUAAGGCACCUUGAUGUUGCUCCAGUGAAUGGAGAGGUGAAGGUGUCCAGGUAAGUGAGAAUUCAGCUGUUGGCGAUUUCAUUACAGAAGCCUGCAUAUUGCAUCUGUCUGAUUCUGAAAUCUGUCUCUUACGGUAUUUAAUAGUAGGCUUAUAUUUUUCUUUAAGAAAAAAAAAAAAAAAAACCAAGGAUGUUUGACUGUCGUUAGAUAGCAUAGUCCCCCAAAGCCAAAGAAUCUUCACUCCAGAAAUUGUUUAAAAGGGAAAUCUAAAAAGUCACUGCUUAACACCAAAGGUAAAGCUUAGUAAAAUGCACUAGGAACUUUGUCUAAAUUUUUAAGAAGCAAAUGGAAUGUUGUUGAUCAAAAAGACUGCCCUAUUCUACUUUGUAAAAAUAAGAAUUUAAAUAUCCAUUAUAUAAAAUUGAAAUAGAUAAUCUCUACAAGAAUAUGCAACACUAGCAUUUCAUAAAUAUGAAAUUAUUUUCUUUGUAAGUGCUUUGACAAAAAAAUGAAACUUAAAUGAUGAAAAAUCUCACCUCUACUUUCAUACUAAGGGUUGUAUUUUUUUAAUGUUUUUCAGACAUGAGGUCAUCUAUUCCAAUUUGAUAGCAUUUUGUAUGUUUUCACUGUUCCUGUCAUUUGGCAGAUACUCACCAGGCUGUAUGGUUCAUGGUCUGUCCUGUUACUUUCAGUUGAAGAGAAAAAGAACAUUUAAAACAUGAUUAAUUCUGACAAACUGCCUAUGAUUUGACUUCUAUCACGUUUUUAUUGGCAUGGGUGUUUAAAUGGUUCUGUUAGUACUGUCUUUGCACAGUUCUGAGUUAUCUUUUACUUAGUACUAUUUAUUUCAUAAUGUAGUAAUCAUCAGCCUUACUAAUGACCUUGUAGCCUUUCUUAUAUGCACAUAAUGCACAUUUUCCAAUGGCUAGAAAAUGCAAAAUACUAGUGGAUAUCAUUGCAUCAGAUCUUCAUGUCUUUCUCAAAAGGACUGCUAACCUCUGGGAUUUAUGAGGUAGUAAAAUGAUGAUUGUAAAUGAGUAGCACAUAAGAGAUAUUUUCUUGAAUUUAAAAUUAUUGCAGCCAGUUUCAGCAUGUAAAUAUAUAAUAAUGUUGGCUAGUGUGUAAUUCUUGAAUUUAAAAAUAUAAAUAAAGAAAACUAAAAUAUGUA